CUUGGCAACCCAAUCUCAUUAAGUCAGAAAAAUAUACAAAUGUUAUAGUAAAUAUUUUGGGAACAACAGUGAUUCCAUAGACACUGGCGUGGUCACAACAGUGGAGGAGCAAAGUGGUAAUGAAUCGAAACUUGACCUAUUGCCAAAAGUACCGGUUACUUCUAUGGAAGGACAUAAAACUACAACUUGCAAAUGUGGUAGAACUUGUUAUGAUCAUUUUGCUUUUUGCUUUAAUGCCCAUCAUUUUUACUAUUGGCACAAAAGUAGCAAGAUCAGUAUUUCCCCCUGAUAUAGAAGUAGAAAAGACUCCCGGCCCGAAAAGUGUCAACACUAGUUUAUUUGAGAAAUUAUAUUUUACACCUAACAAUGGGAUACUUGAGCAAUUAAUAAAUCAGCUUGCAAAUAUUUCCGGCAUUAAAGAUGUCGAUGUGUAUGACUCUAACACUGAACUCUAUUUGAAUUUGAUGACCAACAAAAAAGCAAUGGGGAUUGCGUUCCCUAGUGAAUGGCAUGACAUAAAAUCUUGCCCGAAAGUGCUAAAUAUAACAAUAUUUAUGCCGUUAUCUAUAAAAAGGAAAGAUUUCAAAUAUUUCGAAUCGGGCUUUUUGUUGCUUCAAGAGCGGAUGUCCCAAAUCUUCAUAUAUCAUAGGAAUGCUGGCAAAGAGAAGAUUCCACGUGUUCUGAUGAAUCAUUUUCCAUACCCCCUAUAUGUGCCCAAUCAUUAUGCGCAGUCGGCAAAAGCCAUGACAUACCUGACCCUGACAUCAUUUUUUCUUCCCUGCAUCACGAUUGCCAAGUAUGUAGUAGCUGAAAAGGAGCGCCGGCAAAAAGCUAUUCUACGCGCGAUGGGAUUUGGUAAUAGUGUUCACUGGUUCGCCUGGUAUACCAAAUCAAUGUUGCUUUUGAUACCAUGCGUGAUGAUUAUGAUUAUUAUUUUUGCUAUUGGAUCGGUUUAUGAAUUCAGCAACCUGAUUUGCCUGAUCUUAAUUUUUAUUGUAUACGUCCACUCACUAGUACUUUUUGCCUUCUUCGUAAGCUCAUUUUUCUCAAAAAGUUUAUCGGCUGUCGUGGCCACACUUUUGAUAUACUUGGCCACAGGUAUUCCCUUUCUGAUUGUGGGUGCGGAAGACUCUAGUGUUGCAUCCCAAACGGCUGCCAGUUUUGGACUCAACUCUGCGCUGUUCUACAUUUUGGCUUCCGUGGCCACAAUGGAGAUGCAGUCGGUGGGAUUGCAAUGGCACACCAUGGACAGUACCGCCUCUAACGGCCAUAAGCUCAGCAUAGUAGCCCACAUGCUAAUCAUGUUUGCGAUCAGCUGGAUCGAGCUGCUCAUCUGCCUGUAUGUCGAGGCGUUGCGUCCUGGUGAGUUUGAAGUGCCUCAGCCAUGGAACUAUCCAUGCCAAAAAAGAUAUUGGUGUCCACACCGAUAUGUAUCUUCAGUUUUCCACCAAGGGCCGCUUCUUCCCCUUUCAAAGAAAUCAUCCAAUGGAAAUUCACCCAUAACUUCUCCAUUGGGACAACCGUUUACUAAUCUUGAUGAUCGAACACAAGAAAAUUUUCAAAAUGUACCCAUUAACUCAAAAAUUGGCGUGGAAAUCAGAAGCCUUUCCAAGAAUUUCGGAUAUCGCAAUAUAGUAAGAAAUCUAUUUUUGAAUGCGCACGAAAAUGAGAUUACAGCUUUGGUGGGACAUAAAGGUUCUGGCAAGACUACCACCAUAAUGAUGCUCUGCGGGAUUUUGCAACCCACUACGGGAACAGCUCUGAUCAAUGGAUACGAUAUAGUUAGCGAACCAAAAUUAGCAAAAAGUAGUUUGGGAAUCUGCCCGCAGCAUAGCGUUCUUUUCAAAGGAAUGAGUGCAAGGGAUCACAUAUACUUCUUUAGUCGCAUAAAGGGCUACACAAAAAAAGAGGCCAUGUUGGAAUCGAAUAUCUACAUCAACAAGCUUAGCUUGCUCAAUUUCCAGAGGAGGGACGCUAUGAAACUCUCACCAGGGAAUCAGCGGCGAUUGUCACUGGCCUGUGCCCUUUGUGCCGGCUCCAAGGUAAUACUCUGCGACGAGCCAUCCUCCGGUUUGGAUGCCGUUGGCCGCCACGAGCUAUGGCGAUUUUUGCAGAAGGAAAAACGUGGACGCACCAUCUUAGUGACAACCCAAAUCUUGGAGGAGGGUGAAAUCCUUGCUGACCGCAUAGCUAUCAUGAACGAUGGUCAGAUUCUGUGCUUCGGCACUUUGGGAUACAUAAAACAAUUGCAAUUCGCCAGCUUUACACUCUCCUGCCAGAUGGCUCCCAACAGCAAAGCGGAGAAACUGACAGACCUCAUUAUGCUCUAUAUGACCACCACUACACCGUUGUUCCGCGGAUCGAAUGUGAACUACAAACUGCCACGAUGCAAAAUGAACCGCUUCCCGGAGUUGUUCCAACAGUUGGAGAACAAUAAAAAAAGUCUCGAUGUCGUCAGUUUUGGAGUGAGCGAUACAAGUCUGGAUGGGAUCUAUCUCAGUCUGGAUUAUGGUCAGGGCUUACGCAACAGGGGCGGUGCUGAUCCAGAAGAUAAAGAUAAAGCCGAUUUUUCACUCCAAACUGAGAAGUCAGUUCGGUCGAAGGAAAGAGCAACCAGCUCACUAGUUAGGUAUCAGCAGACGGUGGAGUCAAGCUCGAAAUCGGAGUUCCAAAACGAUUCUAUCCUAAAACCGAAAGCGUCCAUAUACCCAAUAGAAACUUGGGAACCAAAGAAUCGGAGAAAAGGAAGUUGUAUGGCCCAAUGGCAGGCAAUGAUUAUAAAAAAAACUAAUUACAUAGCGUCGCGAGCUCUCAUAUUUAUUAUUAUCCUCAUCAUUCCACUUCUUUAUGGUGUCGUAGUACUUUGGACUGCCAGCUUAGAAAAAUGUACCCGUCAAACAGAUAUACCACCUGUGCUCCCAUUGUCAUUGGAUUAUUAUAGCUAUGAUGACAUGACCGUCUUACUCGAAAUUGAUAAUGACUUGUACAAGAGCGCAGGAGAUGCCUAUGUCAAAUCGGUCAAAGAGCCUGCCACCGUUCAAAGGAUACGCUCAAUUUUUUCGUAUCUAUUGAAAGCAUCGCCAUUAGUACGCCGGGAUAUUAGGCGAAAAUACGUCUCUGGUGCUACUUUUAAUAAUUUGUCGACUGUCACAGCCUGGUUCAAUAGCGAUGCCUUCGAACACUCGGCACCUAUAGCCAUGAAUUUGGUGUACAAUGCCUUAGGAAAGGCAGUGCUUGGAGAAAACGAUUUCAGUAUUUUUGUAAACAGGGGAGAUCUUCAUGAUUUCGUUUUUAAAGAUAUAAUAUCAAGGACAAAGCGCAGAUCUAAACGACAGAAUGAUCCGGACUAUGAAGAUUAUCCGGACUACGAAACUCAAGAAGAUGAUAAUAUUGUCAUCAAACCAAGUACCUCCACCACACCCGCUGAUAACUAUGAUUCUCUUUAUAAACCUGGUGAUGGUAAUCAACUUGCUGCUCAGCUGUCUAUUCUGGAAGCCUCUUCAACAUUACUGAAUGAAAAGGGCAAAAGAAAGCAGCUCCUCGGUUCACUUCUUAUAAUAACAGCAUAUAUUGCCCUAGCUUUAAGCAUUUUUUCCGUAUUUGUAACAAAGGAGCGAGUGCAGUAUCUAAAAUUACAACAAGAAAUUUACGGAGUGACCCUAUCUCACUUUUGGUUAACCCACUUUCUUGGCGAUCUCCUUAUUUUUGCAAUUUAUAUGGUGGCUUUAACAAUUUCAAUAUAUCACUUAACAAAGUGGUACCAAGUGUUUAUAAUGCUUCUACUUAUUGGAUUUGCUUGCUUGCCAUUUGUGUACCUAUGUAGUUUCUUGUUUAGACAGCCUACUUCUGCGUUUGCUGGAAACUUUACGAUUUUGGUAAUGACGGGCGGACUGCUAUUUUACAUUCUCUACAUGUUCAAAUUACUCACGGAUGUUAAUUUUAGGACAGUAUUUGCGAUACUUCCAAUGUACGUGGGUGCCUUUGGCCUAUUUAAAUGCCUCGCCUCGCGUGAAUAUUGCGACCGUGAAGUACUUCCUCCCAUCGAUGAUCUUGAUUGCAAAUUCGGAUCUUGUAACGUGUUCUGCGCGUGCAAACCCGAAAAUAAUUGGAUAGAGGUUUGGCUACUAAUUAUCCACUGCUUAGUUUGGUUUUUAUUUCUUUGGUUUUCGACUUUUGGAUACGAAAUUGGCUACAGAUUUAAGCAAAAGCAAUCUAACCGGAAUUGGAAUAUUAGUGAGAAAAAUAUUCGAGUUCUGGACGAGGAAAAACGUGUCAGUCAAAUCCCGAAGUACGAACAUGAUGAGUAUCCUAUAAUUGUGGACCAGGUUACUAAGAAAUACUGCCGCACAAAAGCCGUCCAAUUAGUGUCAUUUGCGAUAAGACCCGCCGACUGUUUUGGCCUUCUGGGGGCUCGAGGCGCUGGAAAGACAUCUAUUUUCCGGAUGAUUGCGGGCGAGACCAACAUGACCAAUGGAAACAUCUAUGUGAGAGGAAAAAGUCUUAGGGAACACAGGAAAGCUGCAAAAAUGGAGGUCGGCUACUGUCCCCAGGGCGACACGGCCUUCAAAUUUCUCACCGGUCGACAAGUGCUGAGGAUCUAUUGCCUGCUCCAUGGAGUGCCGAAAAAAGACAUUAAGACGGUGUCAGAGCAAAUUGCCAUCGAAUUCGGCUUUAAGGAUCAACUUGACAAGCAAAUUCGGACAUAUAGCGGUGGGAACAGGAGAAAACUGAAUAUUGCCCUCGCUAUCGAUUGCGGAUCGGUAAUUUGUCUGGAUGAGUCGAAUGGUUAUGUCGAUCCAACGGCCCGAAGAUUUAUUUGUCAAAAAUUGGAGGCUGUAAAGAAGAGCGGCAGACCCGUACUUCUGACCACCCAGAGCAUGGAGGAGGCGAAUGCACUGUGCUCAACAGUGGGUUUGUUAGUUUCCGGCACUAUGAUGUUUGUCGGGUCGUUGCAGCAACUGCGAUCAGAAGUAACUAAUACCAUAAUGAUAAGGCUUAAAGUCAAUGCCAGUGCGGAAGAACAGAAAGGAAACAUUCAGCAAGUAAUGACUGAUAUGGAGGAACUUUUUCCAUUGGCCACGUUACGAGAAUUCCUUGGAAACUAUCUCAUAUAUAACAUAAACAAUAAUGUUACAACGUUGUCCAACUUAUUUUACCAAAUGGAAAAAUUACGAGAUAAAGGAAAGUUGGAGGACUAUUCCAUAACGCAAGUUUCCCUAAACGAAAUAUACAAAAUACUAGAUGAGGAAGACGAUCCUAAGCUCAUAGACCUAGACCCUACUGAAAAUAGCGAAGGUUCAGAUGACAAGCAAAGCCAAAGAAAAAAUAUAGAAUCAGAUACGGAUACAAGAAAAGAAAAGGAUGAACGGAAGAGAGUUGAAAAGGAAGAUAUAAAUAAGCAGAAAAGUAACGAAAAUAAGCAACAAUUUAAGAAAAGGCCUACCACCUCAUCUGAGAGUACUGAUAGUGAUGAUAUGGUAGUUAAAAAAGGCGGAAAAUGAAAAAAAUGGCAACAAUUCAUCGCGAUAUGAAAAUCA